AUGGUAGCUUUUUCGAAAAGAAGAGGCGGUAUCCAAAGGAAAGCAACUAAACUUUGCAAGUUAUUUGCGGACAUUAUUGUCUGCAUAAUCGUAUUCUCUCCUGCUGGAAAGGCUUUCACCUUUACUAAUUCUCCUAUGGGUGUUUGUUAUAUGGUUCAACGGUUCCUCGGAGAACAAAGAAAAGAUAACAAACAAGAAAACAAGAAUGUCCACAGCCACAAAGGUAAGAAUUCAACUUAUGAUCAUCAAUGCAGGGACAAGGCUGGUGUUGGGAGUGAUAAUGAUAGCUUUUGGUGGGAAAACAUAGACAUGGAAGAACUGGAUUCUGUGGAAAAGUUAAAGGAUGUGAGGGAAUCAUUGGAAAAAUUGAAACAAAAUUUGUCUGCAAGAAAAGAGAAAGUCAUUACAUCGUCUACGUCGCCGUCGUCAUCGCCGUCUUCCACUAUUGAAGACUCGAUCGUAGUUGAAGACUCGGACGACGAAGACUGCAAAAUUGUGGAAGUUGCCGAGAUAAGCAUUACUGAAAAGCAUGAGGCAAGGAAGACUAUUGGGGAAGAUCAUUCUGAUCUUGAUCUCAGUCUUGGGUGGCAGCUUAAGGAAACUAUGUCAUUGUUGGAGAAGGUUGAGGAGCAGCUCCCUUUCCUGAAAAGGGAUAUUGGUCAUCAUAUGGUCGAACAAUGUCAAAUUGACCCCCUCACAAAAUUGACAUUGUAA